AUGCCUUUCACUGCUUCUGACGUCUGCAAGAUCAUCUUUGCGAUCAUCCUGCCUCCUCUGGGAGUUUUCCUCGAGCGCGGAUGCGGUGCUGAUCUGCUGAUCAACAUCUGUUUGACAAUCCUGGGUUGGCUCCCUGGUAUUAUCCACGCGCUGUACGUUGCCUUUCCCAUCACUAGUUGA